AUUAUCACAUGUUUUGCAUUGAAUAACAAAAACAAUUCAUUCAAACAAUCACUUCAUUUGAUCCCAAGAUAUGGCACAACAGAUGAAGACAUCACUCAUUACUACAGAUAACACUAAUGAAGACAUUCAACAGAUACAAAUCUAUGCGAAGGACUCUUUGGAUCGAUUCGGUGAUGACUUGUGUUCACUCCUAUUGUCUUAUUUCACAUUUGAGGACCGAUUCCGUUACGAAUGUGUGUCCAAACAGUUCCAGAGGACUGUCUUCGAGAGUGUUAUCGACAUCACUAUUAAUGACAACUUUAUACUCAAAUUAAUGCUCAAAUUAUUGCUAACGAAAACGACAACACCGUAUGAAAUGGCAAUAAUUGCCAAAAAGUGUCCCAAUAUUGAGACCAUUGACUGUCGAGGAAUAAUCUUCACACACGAAGAACAUACUCUCGAAGUGUUGAACACAUUUCGAGACAAUUGUCCGCAUUUACGGCACAUUUACUGCGAUAUUCGGCCAAAUACUUGUCAAUUGUUCCCAACAUUUGGACGACUGGUCACUAAAAUCAAUGUCAUUCAGUCGUGGAAUGAAUCCGUGAAACAAUCACUCAAUGAAACGCUCAAAAAGCCCAUCAAUGAAGAGGUGUUGGAACCGUUGAAACUCUGCCACCGAUUAACACAUUUAUCGCUAUAUUUUGAAGAAAUGAGUGACAAAUUGUCGCUUAAUUGCGGCAAACAUUGGCCACGACUUCAAUGCCUAUCCAUCGGUAACAAUGAAAUCACUGUCGAGUGUUUGGAUCACAUCUCAAGACUACCGGCACUGAAAACAUUAGAACUUCAUAUUCUUUGUGGUAUUGCUCUCAGAGAUAGUGAUAUCGAAGACCUGUUUUUCAAAAGUCCUAAACUAAUACCGUUUUUAUCCUCAUAA